GGGCGGGGAAAAGGCGGCGCGGUGCUGCGCGGCCCCGCCCGCCCCGCUGCCCUGGCCGGCGGCGGAGGGGCACUUUUGAAAACUUUCUUUCCACACCCAGCUCGGCGCUGACAUCACUGCUCCGGGAGGGCGGGCGCGAGGCAGCCGGCGCCAGAGCCUCGCAACCGAGCUGCCCCGCGCCGCCCCGCCGGCCCCGGCCCCGCUGCGCCGCGCUCCCUGGACACCCCCUAGCGGAAGCAGAAAACAUUUCUCUAUAAUUCAGUGCAGAUUUGGGGUUUUUGAAGUUUUGCCGGUGUUAAACGUUUUCCUGCUUGAAUCGGGCUGCAGUUUUAAAAAGCCAUUCUGCCUUUCCCGAGCGGCACUGUGUUUUUUCCAGAGAUUUGUCUCAGACUAAAGCCUCCUCACAUCAAGGAUGCUGAUUCUUCUGGCUUUCAUCAUUGUGUUUCAUAUAACCUCAGCAGCACUGCUGUUCAUCUCAACUAUCGACAAUGCCUGGUGGGUAGGAGAGAAUUUUUCUACAGAUGUUUGGAGAAUGUGUGUCACCAAUACUACCACCUGUACAGCCAUUACUGAUCAAUUCAAUGAUUAUCCAUCAGUUCAGGCUGUCCAGGCUACCAUGAUCCUGUCUACGAUUUUCUGUUGUGUGGCAUUUCUGGUUUUCAUUCUUCAACUCUUCCGUCUAAAACAAGGAGAAAGAUUUGUGUUAACUUCGAUUAUCCAGCUCCUGUCAUGUCUGUGUGUUAUGAUUGCAGCUUCCAUUUAUACAGACAGGCAUGAAGAACUGCACAAGAGCAAUGAAUAUAACAUUGAAGUUUCUCAAGGCCAGUAUGGCUAUUCCUUCAUCUUAGCCUGGAUUGCAUUUGCCUUUACUCUGAUCAGUGGUGUUAUGUACCUAGUAUUAAGGAAGCGGAAAUAAAUGUCAGCAGCUAAUUGUUUCUGUCACUAUAAUACAAAACCAAAUUCCAAUAAUCAUUUUGUAUAUAAUCAUUUACAUGGUUUUGUAGUAAAGCUAUUGUUUCUCUAAAAACGUACUGUGUUCUUGAUAUGAAACAGAACAAAAUAUUGCGGGUCUAAUGGAAUGCUUGGCAUCUACAGGUCAAGGGUGUAAGCAAUACAAAGACAAGUUGUUAGCUUUUACAUAUUUGUAAAGUUGUUGGCCUUUACAUAUUUCAUCAGCAUAAAUGUUCUUCCCUUAACUAGACAUUAACAGUUUAUUUCUGGCCCCUAGUAGAUUACAAAUAAAGCCAGUGGUUAUUAACUUGCAAGCAAUAUGCUAACCAUAUUCCUGUCCCAGAUCUACCCUUUGAGAUGGGAUAAAUAUAGGGGGUAAAAAAUGAAGCCCAGACCGCAGUGUAAAAACAAUUAUAAAAGCCCAAAGCCACAUUCAGUGUGUGUAUUUUAGCAGGGAACUAGCAUUCUACUAUUUAUAAUGUGCAGUAAGUGCCAUCAAGCUUUUAUUAGAACUACUUGCUUUGCAAAAGUAAACAAUUCCUUUUUGUACUCUAGCAGAUGAUUCUCUUCUUUCACAUUUAAUUCAAGAGUACAGAGCCUCUGGGAGGAGAAGUUACCAGCAAAUUCAUUGCACAACUUGGGACUGGAAUAGCCUGAGCUACCCCAUACAAUCCCUAUAUCCCUUCAUUUUUGCAUUGUGCAUGGUCUUUCUGAAAAAGAAUUAGUUACCUUGCCUAUACCUGCAAAUUUCUAAGCAACUAAGAGAUCCAGCAAUACCAAAUUUAGGGGUUUUUUUAAUGGCCAAAUAACUCUACAUAUUUACUACACCAGAAUUUUGAUAUAUGAUGACUUCAUGUCUAAUGUAUCAUUUCCAAAAAGCCUUCUUUGAGUCUGCCCAUUACGAAACUGGCCUUUAAAAAUUGCAUUCUAAAUUGGAUUUUACUUGAACCAAACACUCCUACUAAAUAAAUUGGGGUGUAAUUACUAUGUUUAUGAUUUUCAUGAUUGACAGUUUAAAAAUAAAAGUCACCAAGUCAUUUUAUUUUGAAAAAUAAUUUUGGGAGAUAAAUCUGUACCAGGCUUAAAUGCUCAGCAGUAUAAUACUGGCUUUGGUUGAUGGUGAUUUAGGAGCUCAGAGACCAGUGUGGAGAAUGAAUGAAGUGGCUUUUUCUGGUUAGUCACAGUUUUGAUGUUUGAACAUAGACGUGACUUUGUAAAAGCACUAACCAUAUAUUUAUUUCAGUACAUUCACUACAGCUGGACCCAUACUACAGGCAAUAAAAAAGGAGAUAGGUUUUGAAUGAGCUUUUACACUUAAUGUAAAACAAAUACAUUAUUACGAAAUACUGUAGUUCUAUUGAAAUUGAUACUACAGUAUACAUCAGCUAAUGGUUUGAUCCAUUCAUCAGUCCAUUCAAAUAAAUCAUACUUGACCUCUUACAAAGUAGAGAUCAAGCUCAGGCAGCUAACUGUAUGAAAACUGUUUCCAGCAUAAAUAAUAUUGUUCAUCUGAACAACAGUAUUCCCUGAACAUCCUAAUGUGCUGUGGCAUGUAAGACUUAUCUUUUGCAAGCAAAUAAAGCCCACCAAGAAUGAUAACUAAUUAUACAAGUAAGUAGGACAACAAAUUAAAAAAGAAAAAAAAUCAGCUCGAGCAAAAUGCUUUUUCACCAGUCUAGCAUGAUGCUAGUAUUUUUUCAGGAUUUUUCCCUCUUAGUGGGAACCCUCUAAAUUUCAAGUAUUAAUAGCCCACUUUUUAAAAGUAGUGUUUCUACAGUUUGCUGAAUACACUUAAAACCUGAAUUUUGUUAGCAAGCAGAAUUUGUUUUGAACAAACAGAUGCAGGAGUAAGGCUGAAAGUAGACAGACUAAGCUAGGCAUUUGCUAGUUUUAUUCAAACAUGAAAUAGUAAGGGAAAUUUUAAAGCAAAUAUUUGGAUUUAAAAUACUAUUUUAUAUCUAGAAGACAGUUCUAUAAAAUUAUAAGCUAAGCUGUUGUGCCAUUGAUUUGAAGAGAUGCUUCUUCAGUUUCUUGCUUUGGUCAUUUAUAGAGCAAUUAUUUAAAAUAAAGAUGUAUAUAUACAUGUGCACAGCUUGCUUCCACUGUAAAAGCACUGUCCCUUUAAUUAAAAGUGAAGGGCAUACACAUACACCACAAUGUGCAAACAGCAAUAUAUACAUGAUGCCACAUAAAACAGAGCAGAUGUGAAUGUUCUGUAUACUGAGAAAACAAACGCCAAAAAAGUUUGAACUAGAGCCUCAGCAGGACGAACAUGUUUUAGGAUAUUCUUUCUACCUAAUAAGCUUUUAAAAUAUACCAUUUUCUAUGCUUUAUAUAUUCUGAAACUGUACAUGAAAAUAAAGUUAAAACAAAAAUAGCAAGCUCAA